UACCGCUUUACCGUGCAUUAAACUAAGGACUUUUAUUUUGAAUUUAGCCUUUACCUUUGUUGACAUUUUUACUUACACCGGCUUCAUUCAUCAUGUGUAGCAUCAUUUAGAUUUUACUUUUCCGCACUAAAUACUCAAAUGUGCCAGAAAAGGUCUGAAGAAUAUAUAUGGCAGUAAGACCACCAAUUAAGAUGGAAGAAAGGCAGUAUUCAUCUCUGACGGCCCCUAUGGAUUAUCUUCAGUACUGGUAUCAAACCAAUCCUCAGCAGUACCAGGCAGAACAGGUGCCGCAGUACCACCAGAUGGUUAAUGCCACCCAAUACGCCGAGAGACCUGUGGAGGACAAAAUCAUGACUGAUCUUUCAGUGCAUCAAGAUCUAUACCUGGAUCAACCUCAGCAGCCUCAUGAACUCUCUCCCCAACCACCAGCCCUUCCAACGACUCCAGCAAAAGGAAAGAAAAGGGGAAGGCCUCCAAAAGGUGAAGGAAAGGAGAAGACGGAAGCUGAAGAGGCUGCCAAGAAAGCAAAGAGGACGUUAAAUCGGUUCAACGGGAUGUCAGUAGAGGAAGUCAUGGCUAGAAAGCUGCCAGACGUCAUCACACAUAAUCUUGACAUGCUGAUUAUCGGCAUCAAUCCUGGACUUUUGUCAGCCUUCAAGGGAAGGCAUUAUCCAAAUCCUGGGAACCAUUUUUGGAAGUGCUUAUUUCUGUCCGGUCUGACCGAUGAACAGCUCAACCACAUGCAUGAUCAGAUGCUUCCUGAACGGUAUGGCAUUGGUUUCACCAAUAUGGUGGAGAGGACUACACCUGGGAGUAAAGACCUAUCAAACAAAGAGAUCCGUGAAGGUGGCCACCAGCUUUUGGAAAAGCUCCAGAAGUACAGACCUUUAAUCGCUGUGUUCAAUGGAAAAUGUAUUUACGAAACAUUUUGCAAGGAGAUUUUUGGAGUAAAGGCUAAGAACUUAGAGUUCGGAUUGCAGCCUUACAAAGUGCCAGAAACGGAGACGGUUUGCUAUCUGAUGCCAUCAUCAAGCCCACGCUGUGCCCAGUUUCCUCGUGCUCAGGACAAAGUGCACUUCUUCAUCAAGUUAAAGGAGCUCAGGGAUCAAAUGAAAGGAGUGGGGAGGACUCAAGAGAUCCAAGAGACAAACUACACAUUUGAUCUGACUCUGGCCAAAGAGGAUGCCAAAAGACUCACAAUCAAAGAAGAGCAGCAGGACCCUGGAUAUGAAGAGACCUGUGCCCAUGGAUCACAGCAGCACCCACAGCAAGCAUUUGAGGUCCAGCCUUCUACAGACACAGACCAGGUAUCAGACAACUGGUGGACAAUGCAGCCGUUUGCAGACCAGAUUCCAGACAUCAGAUGUAGCAACAGCAACUGAACAGCCUGAGAAAAGUAGUUAUCGCACAAAGACUGUUGUCUACACUGUGUGUACUGAGAAGGACCAACUAAACAUUUUUUUAAAUUGUUUUAUUUAAUAUUUUAAUGUGUUUUACCUGUUUCUGAGUGAUUGAUUCUGAGUUGUUACCUGAAUUAUGUGAUGUAUGUGAUUUCAGUGUGUGAAAGUGUGAAUGAAGAUGAAACACGAGACUUUCUGAUUGAGACAUUUGUUACUUUUGUGCCUCUAUUUUUAUUCUUUUAAGAAAACUUCAGUCAUAAACUACCGUUCAAAGGUUUGGGGUCAAUAAGAUUUUUUUUUCUUAAAGAAAUUAUUACUUCUGUUCAGCAAGUAUGCAUUUCAAACAAAUACUGUUAAUUUGAACACAAAAAAAUAUUAAGCAGCACUGUUUUUUUUCACUUGUCUACAUUCAAAAUAAUAGGAAAUAUUACUUGGGCAGCAAAUCUUCAUAUUACAAUGAUUUCUGAAGGAUCAUGUGACACUGAAGACUGCAGUAACGAUGCUGAAUUUUCAAAAGCUUUGAAUCACUGAAAUAAAUUACAUUUUAAAAUAUAUUCAAGUAGAAAACAGUUAUUUUAAAUUGUAAUGAUAUUUCACAAUAUUACUCUUUUUACUGUAUUUUGGGUCAAAUAAGUGCAGCCUUGGUGAGCAUAAGAGACUUCUUUUUUUAAAAAAGAAAUCUUACCCAAACUUUUGAUUGGUAGUGUGUAUUCCCAUUAUCUGAAGUUGUGUGUUAUUGUGAUAUUUGAAUUAUUUCACAAUCACAUUUUUAUUUUUUUAUAUGAGUAUUUCAGUGCAACAAAUUCCUAAUGGAAACCAUGGCUGGACUCUGGAAGAGGUUUAUCACUGUGCAUGUCCCCAGUGCAUGGAUUUAUGGUAGUAUUGCAGAUGGCAUGCUCAGUCCCACGUUAUGGUGCUUAUUAAAUACAGAUCACUCAAUUUACCUCAUUUUGAAUGCUCUUUUUAGAAUUGUGUUUUGUUAUUUUGCAAUCAGUGUGCAUAACUGUUUAGUACCAUUUAUACCUGUCACAUCAUAAUCCAGCUUAAUUUUUGCUGUGAGAACUAUGUACUAUGUAUGUCAUUUUGUAAGUUGUGUUUUAUUUUUUAUAUGUAUGUAUUACUAAUGGAACCGUUCAAGGGCCAAAUAAAAGCCUCAUGUAUUAGUUAUUGUCACAAUUAAAAUUAAAAUUACAAAUCUUUCUAAAACGUCUGAAAUAAAAGCCGCGACAAUAAUCUUCGUUGUUGAGAAAUCAAUGAAGAAAUAUGUUUUGCAAGGUGCAAGUCGCCACAACCGAAGAUCUUUAUUUUGACAUUUGCUAAACGGGAAAGAGGCAUUUCUUAUUUAUUGAAGCGCAGCCAAUAGGAAGCACGCUUUGAAGCGUUU